CCCUUCCUCAACGGCUCUUUCUCCCUUCAUUCCUCGUUGCGACACCACACCACACCGCCGCCACCCUCCCCCGGCUCAUCCGCGGACACAAUGGCCCAAUCAACCGCCCACCGCCGCCUCCUCCAGGAAUACCGCGCCCUGACGAACAACCCGCCGGAGGGCAUCACCGCUGGCCCCGUCUCCGAGGACGACCUCCUCCAGUGGGAGGCCCUGAUCCAGGGCCCCGAGGGCACCCCCUUCGAGGGCGGCGUCUUCCCCGCCGAGCUCAAGUUCCCCAAGGACUACCCCCUCGCCCCGCCGACGAUGAAGUUCCUCGUCGACAUGUGGCACCCCAACAUCUACCCCAGCGGCCUCGUCUGCAUCUCCAUCCUCCACCCGCCCGGCGACGACCCGAACCACUACGAGCACGCCUCCGAGCGCUGGUCCCCCAUCCAGUCCGUCGAGAAGAUCCUCAUCUCCGUCAUGAGCAUGCUCGCCGAGCCCAACGACGAGAGCCCCGCCAACGUCGAGGCCGCCAAGAUGUGGCGUGAGCGCCGCGGAGAGUACGAGCAAAAGGUCCGCGACGGCGUCAGGCGCUCUCUGGGUUUGUAA